AUGAUGGGCUCCGUGCUCCCCGCGGAAGCGCUGGUUCUCAAGACGGGGCUGAAGCAGCAGGGGCUGUCCCUGGCCGAGGUGAUCACGUCGGACAUCCUCCACAGCUUCCUCUACGGCCGCUGGAGGAACGUGCUGGGCGAGCAGCUCUUCGAGGAGAAGAGCGGCCACAGUAACCCCAAAACGGCCUUCACGGCGGAGGUGCUGGCGCAGUCCUUCUCGGGGGAGGUGCAGAAGUUAUCCAGCCUGGUCCUGCCCUCGGAAGUGAUCAUCGCCCAGAGCUCCAUCCCCGGGGAAGGCCUGGGCAUCUUCUCCAAGACCUGGAUCAAAGCCGGCACCGAGAUGGGCCCUUUCACCGGCAGGGUCAUCUCGCCGGAGCACGUGGAUCUGUGCAAGAACAACAAUCUCAUGUGGGAGGUCUUCAACGAAGAUGGCACUGUCCGCUACUUCAUCGAUGCCAGCCAAGAAGACCACCGUAGCUGGAUGACCUACAUCAAGUGUGCCAGGAACGAGCAGGAGCAGAACUUGGAAGUGAUCCAGAUAGGAAACAGCAUAUUCUACAAGGCCAUUGAGAUGAUUCCCCCAGACCAAGAGCUGCUGGUCUGGUACGGGAACUCCCACAACACCUUCCUGGGGAUCCCGGGCGUGCCGGGCUUGGAGGAGGAGCAGAAGAAGAACAAGCAUGCUUUGCCUGCAGGGUCCCUAAGGCCAAUCAUCCCGAAUAGCCUGUGGCCCAAAUCCAGCAGUGAGAGAGCCCUUCAUUCAUCACUCCCACACGGAGGAGGCUUCCUGUAUGAGGACUUCCACACGGUGGAGACGGGCGCCAGCACGGCCGGCCGCAUGCGGUGCGUGAUCUGCCACCGCGGCUUCAACUCCCGCAGCAACCUGCGCUCCCACAUGCGCAUCCACACCCUGGACAAGCCCUUCGUCUGCCGCUUCUGCAACCGCCGCUUCAGCCAGUCCUCCACACUCCGCAACCACGUGCGCCUGCACACCGGCGAGCGCCCCUACAAGUGCCAGGUCUGCCAAAGUGCCUACUCCCAGCUCGCUGGACUCCGGGCCCACCAGAAGAGCGCAAGGCACCGACCUCCCAAUGCCUCCCUGCAGUCUCACUCCCCAGCCUUGCCCGGGCCCCACCCUGCCUCCCUGGCACAUCACAUACCGACAAUGGUGCUGUGA